UUGCAGGUUUCAUUAAGGCUAAUGGAAUGAAAUUGUACCAUAAAGCAAAUCAAAGAAAAGAUCAAUAUUUAAAGAAGAAAUCAUGUUCAUUCAGUCUCAUCUUUAGUGAUGGUCGAACUCCAUUCAUUUAUAACACAUUUGUCAAAAAUGGUCAUAAGACUGAAAACAUGCAAGUAUAUUUACUUACCUGUGGUGAUGGCAAACAACAAAUUAUAAAAGCAGCUAGGUGUUUUUGUACAGAUGCCAAAAACAAUCCUGCUUUAUUAGAGAAUUUUCAUGCAAAAAAUUUUGAAAAAUACCUGAAAGGUAUGAUUAACAUUCCUGAUCCUGAAAUGAUUCUUCUCUUUGGUGAAAGAAGAGGUUUAAUAGGAUAUUUACCAUGGCAUAUUCGUCUGUCAGAAAUAAUAUUUCAUCCCACUCAUCACAACAUGCAUUUCAAGGAGUUCCAGGAAGUUCUGUUAAGAUAUAGUAAAUGUGAACAAAGACUUGGGAAGUGAAAUACAGUGUAUUAUUCAUAAGCAUCUGUGAUGUUUGAACUUAAUACAAAGUCACAUACUUAAUCACGAAAUCGAGACUAAUAAUACGGAGUAGCAAAAAAUGUAUUUUUACAUUUUUUUGCAAUAUUGAUUUUGAAAAUCAGAUUAGGUGUCUG